AUGCCAAGCCAACCUAAUGAUGUUUUAACAGCAAAACCACCACAAGAUCUUGAGAAACGAAAAUUAGUUCAACAACAAUUAGUUUUUCUUUUGCAUGCCCAUAAAUGUCAGCAAAGAGAAAAGUUGGAGCCGGAAUGGCGCGGUUGUUGUAAUCUUCCAUAUUGUGCUAUAAUGAAAGGUGUUUUGGAACACAUGGUUAAAUGUAAAUCUGGGCGUAAAUGUCAUUUCGCUCAUUGUGCUUCUUCUCGCCAAAUAAUUUCUCAUUGGAAAAAUUGUCCUGAAGAAGAUUGUCCUGUGUGUAAUCCUAUUAGAAAAUUUAUUGCUGAAAAUGGACAAAGUCAAGUGAUAGAUAUACUUUGUUAA